AUGAAGCUCUCGACCUUUCUCGCAGCUAGCUCAGCUGUGCUUCGAGGCGUCGAUGCCUUCGUCCCCUCCCUUCACCUUGACCGACGAUCAACUUGUGCUGGUAACACAGCCUCGAGUAGGUCGGAAUGGUGUGACUACUCCGUUGACACUGAUUAUACCACUGAAGUUGUUGAUACGGGAGUUACACGAGAGUAUUGGCUUGAGUUGACGGAUGUCACUGUCGCUCCAGAUGGUGUCUCACGCUCUGCCAUGGCGGUCAAUGGAACCAUCCCCGGACCAACUCUCUUCGCAGACUGGGGUGACACAGUCACUGUUCAUGUCACCAACUCACUUACCACAUCGUUGAACGGCACCAGCAUGCAUUGGCAUGGCAUCCGUCAGAACUACACCAACCAAAACGACGGCGUCUCAUCCAUCACCCAGUGUCCUCUUGCUGUUGACGAAACAGUCACCUACACCUGGAAGGCUACCCAGUAUGGCUCAACUUGGUAUCAUUCCCACUGGGCUCUUCAAGCCUGGCAAGGUAUCUUUGGUGGUAUUAUCAUCAACGGUCCUGCCACUGCAGACUACGACGAAGAUCUCGGCAUGCUGUUCCUCAAUGACUGGGAUCAUCAAACUGUAGAUGAGCUAUACUCUUCAGCCGAGACGAACGGCCCUCCCACGUUGGACAACGGACUCAUCAACGGAACAAAUGUCUACGGUGACGAUGACAGCUCGUCUCAGACUGGCACUCGAUUCAAUGUCUCAUUCACAUCUGGUACCUCAUACCGCAUGAGACUUGUCGAUGCCUCUGUAGACACUCACUGGAAGUUCUCCAUUGACAACCAUACCUUGACUGUUAUUGCGGCAGAUCUUGUGCCAAUUACACCAUAUGAAACUACAGUUUUGGAUAUUGGAAUGGGCCAACGCUACGAUAUCAUUGUGACCGCAAACCAAGCCGACGUCGCUGAUAACUUCUGGAUGCGUGCCAUUCCGCAGGCUGCCUGCUCCGAUAACGACUCAUCUGAUAACAUCAAGGGCAUUGUCUACUACGGCGACAGUCCUGGCACACCAUCCACAACUGCCUAUGACUAUACUGACAGCUGCGAUGAUGAGACGGAUAACAUCGUACCAUACAUAUCCAAGUCAGUGGAAGACGCUGAUUGGGAUGACCUCGAAACAGCUACGGUGGGUAAGAACACAGCUGGCCUGUUCAAAUGGAUGCUCAACAGCACAAGUAUGCUGGUGGAUUGGGCUGAUCCUACACUUGCGCAAGUCCUCAAUGGUUCAACAGAUUAUGAGACCGAUGAUGCUGUCAUUGAACUCAGCGAGGCUAACAAGUGGGUUUACUUUGUGGUUGAGACAACUCUCCCAGUGCCACACCCUAUCCAUCUGCACGGUCACGACUUCUUCAUUCUUGCCCAGGAUACUGGUACCUACUCAUCUUCCGUAACAUUGAAUACUUCCAACCCCCCUCGUCGCGACACGGCCAUGCUGCCUGCGAAUGGAUAUCUAGUGAUGGCUUGGGAGACGGACAAUCCUGGUGUAUGGCUUUGCCAUUGCCACAUCGGGUGGCAUACUUCGGAAGGCUUCGCUCUGCAAUUCGUUGAGCGAGCGGAUGAGAUUGCUGGUAUCUCAGAAUCGAGCUACGUCUCAGACGUGUGUGAUAGUUGGGAUACAUUCCAGGGAGUGAGCUCCAUCGAACAAGAGGAUUCCGGCGUUUAG